AGUUAAAAUAAAGAUAAUUUAUUAAUGCAUAUAUAUUUAUGUUUUCAAGUAUGUAUAUGGCUUCACAUUCAAUAUUAUGAAAUAUAUAGCAUAUUCUAUUGAUCACAUAUUUAUCUAGGAUAAAAUCACAAAUAUUAUGCAUUAGAUUAAAUAAGCAAGAAAAGACUAUAUCACAUGCUAAAGAUAGUUUUCAAUGAAGGGUUCUACACAAAGAAAACAAAUGUAAGGUCUGUUAUGGAUAAAUACUGAGGACAAAUGAAAGGAAGGGUUCUUGAAUUUUCCUUGUCUCCACCACUCCUCUUUUUUAACAAUAGAACACUUUCCUCUUGGGCUCUAUGUGACCAUCUGUCUACUACAGGGUGACUGUGGGUGUUAAACUAGAUGCUGCAUCCUAGAUAAAGAAAGCAGUGCGCUAACACAUAACAGACGCUCAAUCAACAACAGAUAUUUUUAUUGUCCAUGGGGGAUAAUAUGAGAGUGGAGAGUUAGCUGCUGUAAUAGUAACAGCUAUAGUUACUAGUAGCAUGGAAAUGGAAGAAAAAAGGUAAUCCCUGUGAUAACCAGAAAAGAUUUUCACUUUUAAAUUUUAGUUAUAUUCUGCAAGUCUUUCUCAGCAUGUUUAUGAGCUAAAAUUCCUUCACAAAGAGAUAAACUAAAUGUCUCCUUAUAGAUAGAACAAAGAUUUAGUAAGUGAAAAAUAAUGUUAACGUUCCAUUGGUAGAUCAAUCUGCUACUUUUCACAAUUACUAACUUGCUUCUAAAAAUAAUCUCAAGUUUAAAUUUAAACCCAACUUGUUUUUUUCCCAUUAUAGAAGGAUACUUACUGCUCUAAUUCCAUAAUCAAAUCGACUAUAUAGAUUGAGGCUUAUUUUUUUAUAUAAUUUAAGCAUUUUUGUUGCCACAUAGCAAAGAAGUUUGGUUUUAUUCCCCCCAAAGGGACUUGCAUUUGCCAAACCAAAGGCUUAUAGCCUAACAUUUAAGAAUUGCUUAAUAGAGCUGUUAUUUAAAGAUGUAUGGAUGUGUGAGAGGCAUUGUUACUUAAUUAGCAUUUCCAAACUGGUCUAAUUAUCAGUCUGAGCUCACAUUUCUUUCACAGACCUAGAGUCCUUUGCUUCUUAGGUCUGCACACAAAUCUGUAUUCUCUAUGAGGGAAGGCUAGGGUUGUGCUUACUGUGACAACAAGAGAUUGUGAAAUUGAUGCAGUACUAGCAUAAAAGAAUAAGAGUUAACAAUUUCCACCGUGUUUAACUCAUAAAAUAGUUUACAGGAUAUGGUGGCUCUGUAAACUGUUUCCUGACAAAGUCCAGUACAUCUGACCAGCCUGCUGUGGAAGCAAAGUACUUCAUUUUCAGAGAAUAUGCUUGGGAGGGUAAUACAUUGGGGGUUAUUUUAUUCUAUUUUGCAUGUUAAGUACAAAACAGUUGGCUCUGAAGUUUUUUUCCAUCACAUUUUACUACCAUACUAAACAUCUUGUCUCGGGUAAUACUAUGCAAUUCCCAUUUCACUUUGCCCCUGGCUUCCUCCGCAUCUAUUUUGGCUGCACUCAUGCAUCUCCAGCGUUCAGAGAUGAGGCCCCGGCAGUUCUAGUCAGGGAAGAGGAGCCCCGCCAGAGCCUAUGGGAACCGAGGCCUCGGACACCCCCUACCUGCAAAGACCCACGUUAUGGGCUGGAACCAGAACCCUGGGUGAAGUCUUCAAACGACAAAGGGUUCGGCGUGAAGUCUGGAGGAAUCAGACAGACUUCCAGUCUGUUCUUCUGAACUGCAUGGGCCCACUUACAGUGUAUUCCUGAACAGCCUAUCAGCAAAGGCAUAGGAAGCAAGUCAGAGGACGGAGAUUUUUUUUUUUUUAACGACAUUUUUAGAGGUUGGGUUAUAAAGAGAGUGUCCAUUUAGAUAUUGUUUAAGGGCGGCAUGGACUCCACAGCCCAGUGGUCCUGGCAAAGGUUAUGAAGACAACGAUAAGCGAUGAUAACCUGACUGCAAGUUAAAUCAUCCUGGCAGAGUUGUUGGAACAGAGGCGAUCUGCCGAAGCAAGGAAAACUGCUUUACGCAUUAAUUAUGAAAGUGAUCGCGCUAUUCAGGAUUAAGACUUGGAGGGGAUUUGAAAAAGAAAAGCGACAAUCGAAAAGAAGAGGAGCGACCGGCGCUUUGGAGGUUGCCUAAUUGUUUGAAAGCGAGACAUCUGGGAAGAUUUCGCGCUGGGUGUUUGGCUCCGGCUCGUCUUCUCCAAGCAGAACAACUUGGCGGACAGCGGGGCUCGCUCGUCAUGGAUGUUCCAGGUCCGCUGGCUCUCUCCUUCUAAGGACCACUCUGGCCUUGACCAUCAGAGCCGGGGACCGAGGCCAGAGGAGGCUCCCCCCGGCCCGGCGCAUUCGCGCGCGCCCUUCUGCUCUCCGCGCGCCCCCAGCCCGGAUGUCAGCGCCCGACCCGGGCCCCCGGGGGCCGCCGCUGACCAUGCCCGGGCGCCGGGGGGCGCUGCGCGAGCCUGCCGGCUGCGGCUCGGGCCUGGGGGCGGCGCUGGCCCUGCUGCUGCUGCUGCUGCCCGCCGGCUGCCCGGUGCGGGCGCAGAACGACACGGAGCCCAUCGUGCUGGAGGGCAAGUGCCUGGUGGUGUGCGACUCCAGCCCGUCGGCGGACGGCGCCGUCACCUCCUCGCUGGGCAUCUCGGUGCGCUCCGGCAGCGCCAAGGUGGCCUUCUCCGCCACGCGGAGCACAAACCACGAGCCGUCCGAGAUGAGCAACCGCACCAUGACCAUCUACUUCGACCAGGUCUUAGUAAACAUUGGCAACCAUUUUGAUCUCGCCUCCAGUAUAUUUGUAGCCCCGAGAAAAGGGAUUUAUAGCUUCAGCUUCCACGUGGUCAAAGUGUACAACAGACAGACCAUCCAGGUCAGUCUAAUGCAGAACGGCUACCCGGUGAUCUCAGCGUUCGCAGGAGACCAAGAUGUCACCAGAGAAGCUGCCAGCAACGGCGUCCUGCUGCUGAUGGAGAGAGAGGAUAAAGUCCACCUCAAACUGGAGAGGGGCAACCUUAUGGGGGGCUGGAAGUACUCCACGUUCUCGGGCUUCUUGGUUUUCCCGCUAUAAAUGCAGAGCCUCCCCUGGACGGUGGGGACACGGCUGUCUGGACCCAGGAACCCACCCUUCCCAACCCCCCCAACUUGCUGGAACAGGACAACUUGUCUCCAUCCUCCUCCCUCGGACUGUGGUGACAGAAGAGCGGCUUCCUUCGGAACCUCCAGCAUUUUCUCUGAAUAUUGACCAGUCCUCGGCGACCCGGCCCCUAAUGAAUUUUAGACGACACGGUCUUAAGGAGAAAUGAAGUGAUCGAUCGGAGCAAUUUGUACCUGUGAUUGUAAAGUCAAUACGGGAUUUCAUUGUCGGGACCAUUGACUUUUCCUCUGUUGUUUGUACGUGGUAGUGUUGACCCCGUGGGAGGGGCGCCGCGGACCCCGGGAUGGAUCGCAGGCUGCCGGCUGGGCUCAAAGCAAGAGCCCCGCCGCUCGCCGCCCACCCGACAGCCCUUGAAACGUGUUCUCUGCGUGUCUGUUCAGCCUUAAGAAAAAGAAUGGCUUCACUUUCAUGCUGUAUUUCCCCCACCCCGGGUGGAUGGGAGUCCUCGGGAGGGGGAAGGGGACAUUGUAUCAAGAAGUGCUUUAUCCGGAGAAGCAAAUUUUGCACGAUUGGACUGCAGCUUUUGUUUUGUAUUAUUUGUCUAUGUGUGUGUAGGUUCCACCCCCCCCACCCCAAGCUUUACUUUUCUUCACACACAGCUCCUCCUCCUCGCCCCUGCUUUUCUCUUCUGUGCCGGGGUGGGGAGAGAAAAAUGUGUGUUGGAUUUCUGGAGGAGACCAAACAACACAAAACAAAAAAUAACUGUGUAUUUUGGAUGAGACCAAACCAAGCGAAAGGUAGAGCAAAGAGAAAAUGACAGACGGACAUUUCUGCUUAUUCUUUAAAAGAGACUCUCUCAGAGGCACUUUUGGAAGUAACAACCUGGGUUUUUUUUUUUUUUUUCAAUUUACAUUUUGAACUACUUUUUUUAAGAGACGAAUGUUGCUGGGUGGCCUGAAUCAUGUCAGAGGAGAACGGAAGCUGUGAUGACCAAGUUCCCAAUCACGUGGUCUCUUUGCCGAGCGCAACUGGGUCUUCCUGGCAGAGUGCUUUUGUCCUUUGGAUCCACCUCUGGGUGAGCACACCAAUCAGGUGCCUCAGAGUCAACGGGACCAACCAGGUCUUCCCCCUCAGGAUCCUCUUCUGAUCUGCCCAGGCAGAGGGUGUGGAUGCUCCCCGGGAGCACCUGGCGGGGAAGCCGCAUGAAAAUCGCAGUGGUUGAAGGAUAUUGGCAGAGGCUCCCUAGAAGCAGUUUCCCAAAUCCUCUUUGUUUGGCACCUGGUACAACAAUAUUAUUUAAACACAGCUGAGAGUUGACGGGUGCAAGAUUCCUCCGCCAAGGAAAUGGCACUGAUCCCAAAGCAAUCAAAGAAGAGACCUCAAACCGGAUGUUAAUUUGUCCUUUGUGUAACAAUGUAACCAAAAUAUUGAUGAUAAAAGUCAUAAUUUAAGAUUCAGAAUAAAUGGGUUUGAUGUCUGGC